CUUUAAUAUCAGUUCCCCAAACCAAUAGUCUCAUAUGGGAAUCUGUUAGCCGGUGUCUCUCGGGGACAUCUAAUGGGGGAAUGUUUGAGGAAAGCUUGUCCAUGUCUCAAGUCAUUAUGGGACAGACCCCCAACGACCGAUGGAGAAAACUGCGUGAAAGAUGACAGUGACAGUAAGGGCGAUGGGGUCGAUAAUGCGGCUGCUGACCGUUACAUCGAGAUGAGAGUGCCUAUACCGCCACCUCGGAAGAAAGACAAUGCUGUCCUUUAUAAGGCUUUAUGGGACUUUACGGCACGCGACGACCAGGAGUUAUCGUUCAAAGCUGAAGAAAUUUUAGAGGUUCUCGACAGUUCCGGUGAAUGGUGGACCGCAAAGAAAACCGACUCUUACGGCUUACGUGUGAUCACCGGUUUUGUACCGUACAAUUAUCUGGCGCGUGCGGACUCCCUGGAGUCUCAACCGUGGUUUUUUGGAGAGAUAAGCCGUGUUGAGGCAAUGAGUCACCUAAUGUCAAGAGCAAAUGAUGAUGGAUCCUUUCUGGUGCGAAUCAGUGAGUCUGACAGCAUGGGCUACGCACUUUCAGUGAAUUCACACGGCAAAGCAAAGCACUUCAAGAUCUUCCAUAGUAGUGGUCAGUACUAUGUGGAUCCAUCUCCUCAGUUUUCCAGUGUAUUAGAGCUAAUUGAAUAUUAUCAGUCUUACCCACUCUCCACUUCGGACCUACUUAGGCGACCCUGCGUUCGGAAAAAGCCUACACUGGGGGAUCUGUCACACUCCACAGUCGAUGAAUGGGAGCUGCCUAAAGAACAGUUUAGUCUUGAGAAGCAGCUCGGCUCUGGCCACUUUGCUCAAGUUUACAGCGGCAAGUGGAAAAAUCAGACUAAGGUGGCUAUUAAAAUCCUCAAAAACAAUGAUGCUCUCGAGCAUAAGGAAUUCCAGUUGGAGGUGCAGAUCUUGAAGCGUUUGCGUCACAAGAACCUGAUUUCUCUCUUUGCCGUCUGCACUUCUUCCCCCCCAUUCUACAUCAUCACCGAACUAAUAGAGAAAGGAGACCUGCUUAAUUUCCUCAGAAAACCAGAGGGUAAGGCACUGGACAUGGAGUCUUUGAUCGACAUGGCAACUCAAGUGGCAGAUGGGAUGGUAUAUUUAGAAGCAAAUAACAGUAUUCAUAGAGACCUUGCAGCAAGAAAUGUUCUAGUCGGAGAGGGAAAUGUCUGCAAAAUUGCUGAUUUUGGCCUAGCUCGAGUCAUUAAGGAACCUGUUUAUAUAUGUGAUGAAAAGAAAAUACCAUAUAAAUGGACUGCGCCGGAGGCUAUCAGUCAUGGCCAAUACUCAAACAAAUCUGAUGUCUGGUCAUUUGGAAUUCUCCUUUAUGAGAUUGUCACAUAUGGUGCGACACCUUAUCCAGGUCUUAAUAAUUAUGAAGCAGUUCGUCUCGUCACAGAAGAGAACUAUAGAAUGCCUUUGCCAUCUAAAUGUCCAAAGGUCAUUUAUGACAUUAUGCGAUCUUGCUGGAGAACGGAGCCAGAGGACCGUCCAACUUUUCAGAUUCUGAGACAUGAACUAGACACUUAUCAAGUCAGCUAAAGGGACUUAGGUGAAUUGGACCGUUAGAUUCCACCCCUUGCAAACAUCCUGUGGUCUUAAAUGACUUAUAUGUGACCCUGGACCACAAAACCAGUCGUAAGGGACAUUUGGAAAUUGAGAUAAAUAUACCACCUGAAAGCUAAAUAAAUAAACUUUCCAUUGACGUAUGGUUUGUUAGGACAGGACAAUAUUUGGCUGAGACACAACUAUUUGCAAAUAUGGAAUCUGAAGGUGCAAAAAAAAUCUAAAUACUGAGAAAAUUGCCUUUAAAGUUGUCCAAAUUAUGUUCUUAGCAAUGCAUAUUACUAAUCAAAAAUUGAGUUUUGAUAUAUUUACAGUAGAAAAUUUACAAAAUAUCUUAAUGGAACAUGAUCUUGAUUUUCGGCAUAAAAGAAAAAUCGAUCAUUUUGACCCAUACAAAUGUAUUUUUGGCAAUUGCCACAAAUAUACCCAUGCUACUUAUGACUGGUUUUGGGGUCCAGGGUCACAUAUAGCAAAACAAGACCGACCUUAAUCGAUUCUUAAAGACAGAUGCAUCAUUCAAUCAUCUUUGAUGGAUUAGAUGGACUGUUGAUUAGUCCACUGUAUCAGUUUUGCAGAUAAUGAGGAAGACGCAUGCAUGAAGCACUUUUUUUUUUUAAUUUAUUUGUGUUCAGAGUAAUUAUUGACUGAAUUUAAUUAUUUUUUGUAAUAAAUGUUGUUUUCAGAUAGAUUUUUAUUGUAGAGAAGUUUAUAGUAGAUUUUAUUGAUUGUACUGUACUGAAAUAUAAGUUGAAAUGUUGAAUGUAUGUAUACUUUUUUAAUGUUUUCGAUGUCUUCUUAUUUUUUUAAUGUAAAUGUACAAGUGGAAUUAUAAUUUUCAGUAUGAAGUUAGAUAAAUGUGUCAAAAUUACAUGCAAAAUGCUAUACAGCCAUAUAUGGUGCUUUGUAUAAUGACUGAACAAUGUAUAUUGUAAUUGUACUGUUUUCCUCAAUUUUACAUUGCCCAAAAAAAAAAAAAAAAGCUUGCAAGAAAGAAAACA